AUGCAGAGAUCUCGGAUAGCGCUGCCAACGCGGAUGGCGCGGGCAACGCGGAUGGCGCGGGCAAACGGGCUUCGAAAAGGGAGCAUUGGUGGUGCGGCAAACUGUCUUGGUCAACACGCAACUGUCCUGCCCGCCAACGGGUGGUGCUUCCCAGGGAGGGGCUCUGCGAAUGAAGGAGGAACCACCAUGGCAAUACGGUAUGUUGUCGGGCGGGCGUUGGUGUUUCUCAGAGAUGAGUCGCUUCAGAAGCUGGCUCACCAACAGCAUGCGUUGGUGUUUCUCAGAGCGGUGCUGUGGGAGGGAGGACCUGUGCUCCCCAAGUUUGGUGCGAGCGUGGAAUGGGCGUCACAUGGACAGAACGAGUUGCUCCCAGCGGUGGUGCGUCGGAGGGACGCAGUGGCGUGGCCUGGGCGAACACUGGCAUGCAGAGUGAGGGAAGGAAUCUUAGGAAUUGAACAGGGCCAAUCGAAGGCAGCAGGAACAGCAGCAGGAGUAACAGUUGUGGUGAUGUUUGGGGGGUCGGCUUAG